AUGCCUUCUACGUUCACUCACGAGUUCAACGCGCCCGCUUUCAAGGCAAAAGUUUCCUUCAACACCGGUCUCUUCAUUAAUGGCCAGUUCGUGGAUGGAUCUGACAAUACCACCAUCGAUGUCAUCAAUCCGACAAAUGGAAAGGUAAUAACGUCAGUGUCCGAGGGUACACCCAAGGAUGUCGACCUCGCCGUCGAUGCUGCUCAUGCAGCCUUCGACACCGCCUGGGGUCUUCAUACCCCCGGUGCACAACGUAGCAUAUUGAUGUCGAAGCUCGUUGCCCUCAUGGAGAAGAAUGCCGACGAGCUUGCCGCUCUGGAGGCAUUGGACAAUGGCAAGACUUUCAAUUGGGCAAGAAAUAUUGAUGUCGCUGGCUCCAUCGAUUGUAUUCGCUACUAUGCUGGUUGGGCUGAUAAGAUCACUGGUCAAGUACAAGAGACUACCGAAGACAAGCUCACCUACAGUCGCCACGAGCCCAUCGGUGUCGUUGGUCAAAUCAUCCCAUGGAAUUUCCCAUUGCUCAUGAUGGCCUGGAAAAUUGGUCCUGCUCUCGCAUGCGGCAACACGGUGGUUCUAAAACCUUCAGAAUUCACACCCCUGACCGCCAUCCGAAUGUGCCACCUCAUCAACGAGGCUGGCUUCCCACCCGGAGUAGUCAACGUCCUCACUGGUUAUGGAAACACUACCGGUAACGCUAUCUCUUCACAUAUGAGAAUAGAGAAAGUCGCCUUCACUGGCUCAACUAUUGUUGGUCGCAAGAUCAUGGAGGCUGCUGCGAGGAGCAACCUCAAGAAUGUCACCCUUGAGCUCGGUGGAAAGAGUCCAAACAUCAUCUUCGACGAUGCAGAUAUCGAACAAGCUGUUAACUGGGCUAUAUUCGGCAUCUUCUGGAACCACGGUCAGACGUGUACCGCAGGUUCGCGUAUCUUCGUGCAAGAAGGCAUCUAUGACGAAUUCUUCAAGCGUUUCAUGGAGAAAACUCGGUCGCUCAAGAUCGGUGACCCAUUUGCACCUGACACUUUCCAGGGUCCUCAGGUCUCAGAGAUUCAAUUCAACCGUAUCAUGUCUUACAUUGAGUCCGGAAAGGCAGCUGGCGCCAAGGUUGAAAUUGGUGGUGAGCGCCAUGGAAGCGAGGGCUACUUCAUCAAGCCCACCAUCUUCACUAAUGUCGACCCAUCGAUGAAGAUUGUCCAAGAGGAGAUUUUCGGUCCCGUUUGUGUUCUCAUCAAGUUCAAGGAUGAGGAAGAUGUGAUCAAGCAGGCAAAUGACACGCUUUACGGUCUUGCUGCUGCUGUUUUCACCCAGGACCUGAACCGUGCCCUCAACACGGCACACAGACUCAAAGCUGGAACUGCAUGGAUUAACUGCGUUAACUCAUUCAACUCCAAUGUACCAUUUGGCGGUUUCAAGCAGAGCGGUAUCGGUCGUGAGUGUGGCGACUACGCCCUAACUAACUACACUGCAGUGAAGGCUGUCCACGUCAACCUCGGCCACAAAAUGUGA